AACUCUUCCUCUCCUCUCCUUUCCCUCUCCAUGCUUUUGGAUUCGAGUGCCAGCUCGGUGUAAUCGUUCGCUAUCUUCCUUCUCUCUCCUUUCACUUCUGGUGCCAUUGGGCCUCUCCGCCGGUCGAUUAUUACGGGCCUGGCCCUUCGCAGUGACCGCUCUUUCCCUGCCACCUUUCACACGUCAUGAGCGCGGCGCUGCUCCGGAGUCGUCCGGACCACCAUGCCCUCAGAAGAAUCGGCCUUCUAUCCCGUCGAUACCAGUCUUCGAAGUCGCCAGCAUCCGUAGCUCUCGCGGCCUCCCGAUCCCGGCUCCCUCGUCACACUCCGGCAGCUCAAUGCUUAGCAUCGCGUGCCUUUUUCAACCCCCGGUAUUCAGUCCGGCAUAAUUCCACAACCCCCGAUCCCAAUGCACCCCCACAAAAGGCCGGCCUUCGCAAUGCCCUCUUCAAGUCGUUUGCGUACUGCGGGUUCUUCAUUGUUAUCAGCGGUGCGGCCGUCGUGGCUUUCUUCGUCUACGAUGCGACCACGUACCGCGAAAACUCGAGCGCGGAGGACAUCCCGGUUUCGGAAUUGGCGCUGAACCCCCGACUCGGUGGCCCGAAGAACCUCCCCAUUGCGGAGGUCUUGAUCGGUGACAAUGACUCGGAGGGUCGGCUGCAGCAAAAGGACAAGCCCCGGUUGGUGAUUUUGGGUACGGGCUGGGGUAGCAUUGCGCUUCUCAAGCACCUCAACCCGGGUGACUACCACGUCACGGUGGUGUCCCCUACCAACUACUUCCUGUUUACUCCCAUGCUGCCCUCUGCGACGGUGGGUACUCUGGGACUGAGAUCACUGGUUGAACCCGUUCGUCGCAUCGUUCAACGGGUGAAUGGCCAUUUCCUCAAGGGUGAGGCUCAGGACGUUGAUUUCUCCGAGAAGCUGGUCGAGGUGUCUCAGAUGGAUGCCAAUGGCAAAGAGCAGAGAUUCUACCUGCCUUAUGAUAAGCUGGUUAUCGGUGUUGGUUGUGUAACGAACCCUCACGGCGUCAAGGGCCUCGAAAACUGCCACUUCUUGAAGACGAUCGACGACGCGCGGAAGAUCAAAAACCAGGUUUUGGAUAACAUGGAACUUGCCUGUCUGCCUACAACCAGUGAUGAGGAGCGUAAACGUCUUCUGUCCUUCGUGGUCUGUGGUGGAGGCCCUACUGGUGUCGAGUUCGCCGCGGAGCUGUUCGAUCUGCUCAACGAGGACCUCCUAUACUCCUUCCCUAAGAUUCUCCGGAAUGAGAUCUCGGUGCACAUCAUCCAGAGUCGCAGCCAUAUCUUGAACACCUACGACGAAGCGCUUUCUCGGUAUGCCGAGUCCCGUUUUGCUCGAGACCAUGUGGAUGUGUUGACGAACGCCCGAGUGGCGGAGGUCCGCGACGACCGGGUUCUCUUCACGCAAGAGGAGGACGGGAAGCGUAUCUUGAAGGAGAUCCCGAUGGGCUUCUGCCUGUGGUCCACUGGCGUCGCUCGCGCCGAAAUUUGCAAGAAAAUCUCCGACAAGCUGGAGUCCCAGAACAACAAGCACGCCUUGGAGACGGACUCUCAUCUUCGUCUCAUCGGCGCUCCUCUAGGUGACGUCUACGCCAUCGGCGACUGCUCGACCGUCCAGAACAACCUCGCCGGGAACAUUGUGUCCUUCCUGCGCACGAUCGCCUGGGAGAAGGGCAAGGACCCUCAGAAGCUGCACCUCAGUUUCCGCGAAUGGCGAGAGGUGGCCACCCGCGUGAAGAAGCGCUUCCCUCAGGCCUCCAACCACCUCCGCCGCCUCGACAAGCUCUUCGAACAAUACGACAAGGACCAGUCGGGUACCCUUGAGUUCAACGAGCUCUCCGAACUCCUGCACCAAAUCGAUACCAAACUCACGUCUCUCCCCGCCACUGCCCAACGAGCCAACCAGCAGGGUGAAUACCUCGGACGCAAGCUCACCAAGAUUGCUGCGGCGCUUCCGGGCAUGCAGGCCAACCAGAUCGACUACGGCGAUCUUGAUGAGGCGGUGUACAAGGCCUUCAAAUACCGCCACCUGGGAAGUCUGGCGUACAUCAGCAACGCGGCCAUCUUCGACUUUGGCGGACUGAACUUUAGCGGUGGCGUGUUGGCCAUGUACCUCUGGCGCAGUGUCUACUUUGCCGAGAGUGUCAGUUUCCGGACCCGGUGUAUGCUGGCCAUGGAUUGGGCCAAGCGAGCUCUUUUCGGAAGAGAUCUCAUGAGCUUUUAAUUGCUCCCCCUCGAUACGAUGUAGAUUUAUUUCGUGCGAAUCUAUCAGCGGACCGCAGAUACAUCACUACUGCGGUGACUUACGAACGGACUUGAUUACCAGUAGAUAUUACCCAGUUACAACUAGAAUAUGAGUACCUGUGAAAUCGACGCCGGAAAUGACCGCCAGUGAGGCCGUUUACGGCGUCAUUUCCACACGGCGUUUCAGCAACUGGUUGCUGCUUGAACGAUUUACACACGUGAUCCGGCCACUAUUCUGCACCUGCUAAG